UGCAGGAAAGACCGCCAUUUUGCAAGAUAGAGGUACAAGUCUAAAAGUGAGCAGGAGAAGAAAAUAAUCGAAACAAUUAAUAAGCAACCAAACAUACACUUAGCAAAUAUUGAUAACACACUGUGUUGGCUAGACACGUAGGUAGUCGCAUUUAAAGUUAAGACAUCACACAGGAUAAAGGGGGAAGAACCAUUACCUACUUGACAAGCAAACCCAGGUGAUUGUGAAAGGCACUGGAUGGAUAGCAUCGACGCUGAAGUCUUGUACCUGUCCACGGAGCAGCAUGGGCAGCCACAAUGUGAGCUUCCCCACACUGCCCUGGAGGUACCCACCAUGGGAGGGGCAAAGAAGAUGAAUGGGACCCUGGACCACCCGGACCAGCCCGACAUCGAUGCUUUCAAGAUGUUCGUUGGCCAGAUCCCACGGUCCUGGGCAGAGGAACAGCUGCGGGAGCUUUUUGAGCCUUACGGCGCCGUCUACGAAAUCAAUGUGUUGCGUGACAGGAGUCAAAACCCCCCACAGAGCAAAGGUUGUUGUUUCAUAACAUAUUACGCUCGCAAAUCAGCGUUGGAAGCACAAAAUGCCCUUCACAACAUGAAAAUUCUCCCUGGGAUGCAUCACCCCAUUCAGAUGAAGCCAGCUGACAGUGAGAAGAAUAAUGCGGUGGAAGACAGGAAGUUGUUCAUAGGGAUGAUAUCGAAAAAGUGUAAUGAGAAUGACAUCAGACUUAUGUUCUCGCCGUACGGACAGAUCGAGGAAUGUAGAAUACUACGUGGGCCGGAUGGACUGAGCCGUGGUUGUGCGUUUAUCACUUUUACAGCAAGACAGAUGGCACAGUCAACAAUCAAAUCCAUGCACCAAUCACAAACUAUGGAGGGCUGUUCGUCUCCCAUCGUAGUGAAGUUUGCUGACACGCAGAAGGACAAGGAGCAGAAGCGCAUCGCCCAGCAGCUUCAGCAGCAGAUGCAGCAGCUCAACGCUGCCUCAAUGUGGGGGAAUCUAACCGGGCUCAACUCUCUGGGCCCACAGUAUCUGGCACUUUAUUUACAGCUCCUCCAGCAGUCUGCCACCUCUGGGAAUACCCUCAACAACCUUCACCCCAUGUCUGGUAUGUCAGGGCUGAAUGCCAUGCAGAACCUGGCUGCUCUGGCAGCGGCGGCCAGCGCCACACAGGCCACGCCCACGGGCAGCAGCGCUCUCACCACCUCUAGCAGUCCCCUCAGCGUGCUCACCAGCUCAGGUACGGGUACUGGACAGCAGGCACACUCAUCAUGGGACACCUACAAGGCAGGAUCGUCACCCACCUCCUGUAACAACAACUCAGUGAACCCCAUGGCCUCUUUAGGGGCGCUGCAGUCGUUGGCCGCAGGGGCUGGAGCCGGCCUCAACAUGGGCUCACUUGCAGAGCUCCUGUGUCUAGGAAUGGCAGCCCUGAACGGUGGUCUAGGCAGCGGGGGCAUGUCGAACGGAACUGGUAGCACCAUGGAAGCCCUUACCCAGGCCUACUCCGGGAUCCAGCAGUACGCUGCUGCUGCCCUCCCCAGCCUCUACAACCAGAGCCUGCUCUCCCAACAGAGUGUCAGUGCUGCAGGGAGCCAGAAGGAAGGCCCUGAGGGAGCCAACUUGUUCAUAUACCACCUCCCCCAGGAGUUUGGAGACCAGGACCUGCUCCAGAUGUUCAUGCCCUUUGGCAACGUUAUUUCCGCUAAGGUUUUCAUUGACAAGCAGACCAACCUCAGCAAGUGUUUUGGCUUUGUGAGUUACGACAAUCCAGUCUCAUCUCAGGCCGCCAUUCAGUCGAUGAAUGGUUUCCAAAUUGGUAUGAAGCGACUAAAGGUGCAGCUGAAGCGAUCCAAAAAUGACAGCAAGCCAUACUGAGCGCUUUAUCUCUCAAUUGGACUUGGUUAGGAAAUGUUUUUUUCUGAUAUCUUCGUGCCCGUUUGUUCAUCGUUUGCCUAGCAUGUUGAUGUGACGUCAAAAGUUCAUCGUCCAGUUCGUUGUCCUCUGCACUUCUCUGAUGCUUGAAUUGUUCACCUUUUUGACCUUUUGGGGGGGGGAGUUUUUUCUGUGUUUCUCUCUUGUCUUUUGUGCUGCCAGUAGGGUGCGCUAGAAAGACUGCCAAGAAAAUCUAUGUAUAAAGCUACAUGAGUAUUGUUACAAGCAAAAAAGAAAAUCUAUUUUUCUAGAACUUACUGACAUAACCACUCGAUUUUUCCAAAUCUGUUUAAUUUUGUUUUGUUUAAUUUUACCUUGAUAGUUAACUCAUUUCUUUUUUCCAUUACGUUUUGAGCGGUCUUCCUAGCGCCCCCAACCUUCGUUUUGUGUCUGAAAACAACCAAUCAAUUUAUAGAAACGACUUCUGUGUUUGGGUGUUUUUUCUCUUGUAAGUUAUACACUUUUUUUAGGAUGUCUUUUGUCACAUUUUGCUGAACUGGGGAUGACUUUGUAAUUUUGUGCUAGGCUAGUUGGCAUGAUGGUCAUUUUUUGGGAGUUUCUUUUGAGUGACAACGAUAUACACUUGAAUCACCGUUUUUGUCUUUCAGUGUGUGAAGUCAUCACAGGCACAUAAUGUUUUAAUUUCCUUUUGUGUGGAAAUCAUCCUUAGUCUGAAUAAUAAAAUAUGCAGAAUUUAUUUUAUUUUCACAGUUAAAUAUAUAUUUAGCAUGCACGUUUUUUGUAACUGCACUGAAAUCCUCAGCAAAAUGUGAUUGAGUUUUGUUUAUAGAAUAAUAAAAUUAUGAAUAAACUAGUGCCAAACGAUGCUGUUGGUCACAUUUAUCUCUUACACGUUACCCACUGAAGUUAAGAUCUGGGCAACAAAAAGUAGGGGUUGGUUUCUUUUUCAACGUUAAUGUGGUGGGUUGUACCUCGUAGGUUUUCAUGUGUGUGUUUAGACAAAUUUUAGAGACCCAUAUUUUAUAUUAGGAUUUGAGGUGAAGUUAGGUGUUGGAAUUAUUUAGAUUUUUCUGUAGUACAAGUAGUCCCUAAACUAGGUCAAACAACAAAAUCAAAGAUCUCAUGCAUUAAAACCAGGUUAUAAAGCAUGUGCCCUUAAAGGUUUAUUUGUAGGCACUUCGGGAUUAAUUAUCUUGGGUUGGGAGUGUUUUCAGUUAUUGUUUUGUCUCUAAAUAAAGGCUAAACACUACCUUUUCAUGCAGGUCCUGAUAAACGUUGUAUUUUACUCCCAGAGAGCACAGGUUUUAUUAGCAUACCUUGUCUUUAAUAUAGUUGUAUUGCAUUGGCACAGUCUGUAGCGUGUGAAGUGAUGCUUUAUCUGACCUUAUGAUUUUGUCUGAUAACUUUUGCCAUGUUAAGUGUGUGUCGUUGUGCAUUAACCUCGUCAAUUUGCUUUACUUGGGCAAUAGGAAUCCCUUCCACUGUCAUCAUUUAAGUGGUCCUCAUCUAUACAAACCAUUGUCUUUGCAGUAGUUAAAACAUGGCUACAUCCCUGUUGGUUAACGUCAGGGCCCUCUUCUCAAACCAGGGUUGGGUUUUAGAAAUGGAACCUCUUCCCACAUCAUAGAACUGUCACGUGUUCUGUACUCGGAACUACCCUUUAAUUAUUUUCACUGUUAAAAACCACUUCUCUGGGUUAUUGAUCUCCCAUUGUUCAACAAAAAUGGAUGGAAUCUCCUUAAAUUAAUUGACCUGCAGAAAAAAAUAGACAAAUUGUAAUUGGUUUGACUGGGCUCAUUUAAUUUUAACAUUAUGUGACAGAUUUGUAUUUCCAGAUAUGUCAGCUGCUAGGUCUGAGUUUAAAUGUGAUCCUAAAAAAGAAACCUGUUGGAUAUUUUUAGCAUUAUUAUUGGUACAAAGUGACUGAUUUUCUAUUUAACAUUUGGUUUGUACAGUUUUUGCCUUUUCUACUUGAACAAAGUUAUUAUAUUUCACAAUGUGACAUUGAAAUUCAAAGAAGUUCAACCAUGUAGAGCUUAGUUGCCACAUGACCAAACCUUAGUUUGUACAGCUGUAAUAUUAAUUGAUAAAAUAAUGCAUUUCUGUGAAGUCGCCUUUAGUUGAAUUCAAUUAAAAGCUUUUCUUUAUAUUUGUUUUGUUUUACAAUUGUGAUUUUGCUGUGAAGGCAUAGACAUUGCUGAAUUUAUUACAUGGCCAAAACAGUUGCUUUUUUAAUAAUUUCAGUUCGAUAUUGUCUUCAAUGUUUUGGAUUAAGGAUAACACGGUCUCCACAGGCGUGAAACUAAGUGCACACUCAAUAAGCAGUCAUUUUGUGAGCCAAGAUUGUGAUCCCUAUUUGGUUGGUUGGUUUGUUUAUGUACAAUUAAAUAUUUUUAAAAUUG